AAUUAGAAGAACUCUGUGGAUCCCAUCAAAUAUUAAUGGGAGCAGCAGCGAGGGGCAGCACUUUCAAAAUGUAUAAUUCCAGCGGCGCUUCUCGUUGCCCGGCGCUGUGUCAAAAACAAUAUCCAAGCUCAUUUCGGUGGACACGCAGGGGGAGAGAAGAGAAGACAUUUUCACACAGGACAUCACUCGAGCUCACUAAAACCGCCUCAUAUCUGAUUUCACAAUUCAAUGACAGUGGUGAGUGGAAUGAAUGAUUCAAAACGCCAUCAUAAGACAGGCCGUUGGAUUCUAACAGAGAGGCAGUAGCCCAUAUCAGCCCUGAACACAAGGCUAAAGGAUCACUCAGCAGCACAGCGUCCAGGCUACUGUUUCAUUAAUAUAUAAACCCAGAAUUAUUUGCUGCGUUUAAAUGCCCUGAAAUCUUUAUAGGCUAUAUAACUAAAGAUGCAAUAUAUAAUUCAUGCGAAUUUGCAUACGUCAGGCAAAACACGGCAUGAUAUGAAUGGGAAAACCCUUCCCAUCUAAAAGAAUGUAACAUCAUCAUUCGACAUAAAAGAUCAAACGUUAUCUAAACGUUGGCUAUAGACUGUUUAACACAAGUAAUCAAGUAGUUUAACACAAGUAAUCCUUGAAUAGGUCCUAUAAUUGAAACCGUGCUUUGGUUAAAGUGGCCUACGUCUGCUACCGUUUCUGUGGGUAUGGGGGGGGGGGGGGUCUUGUUUGUUUGUCGUUUAAAUGUUAGACAACAGUGUAGUAAUCCUACGCUCUAGAGGAGACAAUGUAAACUAAUCUUCCCACCACUUGGAACAAUACAUCCACGUAUGGCAGCCAUAUUGUAUGGUUCUAAAUGUUCACAACUAAAGCAUGGACGCUACUAAAAAACUGUGCAAGUAUUUCGAUUCUUUAUAAUUGGUUGCUCUCAUUCAUUAGCCGACCAUAUUAGAUCAAGAGUGUAAGCAGCACACAGUUUGCAUGCUUGGUAAAAUUAUUAUUUAUUAUUAGAAUGAUCAAUAUUCAACGACAAAAUCUAGGCAAAACUCAUAAAUAUGCAUACAAAUGUAGACAAAAAUACAUAAAUUGGUAUAUGAAAUAAAAUGCACACACACACACACACACACACACACACACACACACACUCGAAAUGAAAAGUCGAGGAGACCCCGCAUAGUUCUUAUAUAUUGGGCCUAUUGGGCCAAGCUUUGUGCAUGGCAAUAAUAGGCUAAUAUAGAACAUGCUUUCGAAUAAAACAAUAUUCUUUGUAAUGACGUAGUCACAUUUUGAGAAAAGGCACAAAAGCUAUCAGUCAACCAUCGGAAAAGUCUUACAUAUCUACAGUAUUUCUGACUUAUAGUGGUUCUCCAAAUGGAGAAUACAAAGCACUGUGAUGAUUCAGAAUUGUUUACCCCAAAGGCAAAAUCCGUAAUAAUGGCUGACUGUAUAAGAUUGAAAGCAUUAGGCUUGAUUUGACCACAUACCUAUCAUAUCUUUCGUUAUAAUCGGAAUAUAUACCAACAUAUCUGAGUAUUCCUCUAAACACCCACAUCCCUGCUAUUUUGGCAACUAUUUUUUCUGUAAUUGGGGUGGUAAAAGUGCAAGACCUGUCUCUAAGCGUCUGUGUUCCCCUGCAGAAGAGGGCAGGGGGCCGGUUUGCCAGGUGUUCCCCUGCCUCGUAAUGCAGGAAUGAUUACCAGUUUGGAAAUAAAUCAAUACGAAACCUCACGCUAAUUUAUAACGGUCUAAGAGAGCAGCGAUUGAAAGCGCAUGAAAAAUGACCGGCGAAAAGGUAUCCAGCGACUGCGCGGAGGGUUUUCACCGGCUUGAGAAGCAUGGAGAGCAGCGAUAAGAGCAUCGAGCCGGAAAUGUACGGGAGAACGAGUAGCUUUUUAUGUGCGAUGGCUAAGAAUAGCGCGGAUACUAUCAUUGCACUUCUGAAUCGCUAUAAUUGAACUGUAGACGAUGUAUCUCCUUUCUGCCCGCUUUUGUUAGUGUGUGUGUGUGUGUGUGUGUGUGUGUGUGUGUGUGUGUGUGUGUGUGUGUGUGUGUGAAAGACAGAAAGAAAACCAGAGAAAAAGGGCACUCGUGGGGAUCUUGUUGCGUGGGUAGACUACAUAUGUACACACAAAAGACUCAUUUGCAAACAAAGUUAAGUAGGUUUGAACAUUUAAAGGGGAAUGAUAAUAUUGCCAAAUAGUGCCCAAAAAGGUAACUUCGCAUUAAAUCCAUUUAAAUUAUCCGCUCCAGUAUCGGAAUGAAGUGAUCUUUUAUUCUUUUUUUGUGCGUAAAAAUAUAUUCUAGUGUUAUUCGCGAACUAAUAGGACUGCCGAAAACGUAUAAAGAGAACAGGAAUUUGUCAGGAAAUGGACAGCUAUCGGAAUGAGGUUGACCGCGUUCACCCUUGUAGAAGCCCGCAGGUUGUAAUGGCCAUAUGGCCCAUGUGUCGGCCAUGGAGCCUUGUAGUUCCCUAUUGGAUAGACGAACCCCGCUGCCUUCUCCACCCUGUGUGUCCUGUCAGUCCACUGGUUCACUAGUUCACCGUGUCAAUCCUCCCUGCUCCACGCUAGCAGAGACAGAAAAAGAGUUAGAAGGUAGAGGUGGAAUCUUUCGCCUGUUGACAACUGCUGAGCCCGGUGAAUCACACGCCGCUGUCGGAGCGCGGAAUUCAGGGGAGCAAAAGCCGUGUUUUCGGAGGCGUUCGGACAGGUCCUCUGCCUGCGUAGUGCUCCAACGUGUGUGCGCGCGUGUCUUAGUACGUAAAUCAUUUGCAUUUGUCAAGAUGGGCUAGUGGAUUCAAAACGCGUUACUGCUGUUGUUUCUAGUUGAUUUUCUCGUGGAGAUCAGCAAACAACCAUGCCAACUGUAGCAUACCGUGAGAAUUAGUGCGUCCAAGGUAACAGAGAAACAAACAAAGCAAGUAUUCCAUGCGUGUCUUGAACAUAAAGUCCCUAAACACGCGCCUAUCCAUUUUUACGGGACCGAGAGGAGUGCUGGAAGUCAGUUCCUACCUAUAAUCUGGAAGCUGCAUUCUCGCAUAAAAGCAAGUGGUGAUAAAGGACAUUAUAUCGGUCAGCUUCCAAGAGGCCGUUGGAAAGAGACCGUCACGUGACACCUGGUGCCAAUGUUCUUCCAGAAGGUCGUCAGGACCCUGGUAGCCGGUAACACGACUUUUGGAAAUGCAGAAAACGACCUACUACGACAACUCGACGCUUUAUGGAGGUUAUUCGUAUCAAGGGGCCAAUGGCUUCGGCUAUGAUGCCCCUCAACCGGCCUUCCAGUCCUCAGCGCACCUCGAUGGCGACUAUCAGAGGUCUGCCUGCUCGCUGCAGUCUCUUGGCAACAACGCCAAUCAGCAGCACACCAAGACGAAGGAGCUAAACGGGAGCUGCAUGCGCCCCAGUCUACCACCUGAGCACCACCCGCCCCCCCAGGUCUCCCCUCCCCAGAACCCCGUCAACUCUUCCACCUCUUCCACAGCGCAGCAGCCGGGCAGCAGUGGAGGCAACGGUGGGGGAGCAGCUAAAAGCACCCCCAAGUCGUCCUCUCUGCCCCCGAAUCCAACCAUCAGCAAGCAGAUAUUCCCGUGGAUGAAAGAGUCGAGGCAGAACACCAAGCAAAAAAACAGCUCUCCCAGUGCAAGUUCAGCUAACGAGAGCAGUGGCGGUGAAAAAAGCCCCCCGGGUUCGGCCGCCUCCAAGAGAGCGCGCACCGCGUACACGAGCGCACAGCUUGUGGAGCUGGAGAAGGAGUUCCACUUCAACCGCUACCUAUGCCGACCACGCCGCGUGGAGAUGGCAAACCUGCUUAACCUCAGUGAGCGGCAGAUCAAAAUUUGGUUCCAGAACCGGCGUAUGAAGUACAAAAAAGAUCAGAAAUCGAAAGGCAUGGGCUCUUCCUCUGGUGGACCGUCCCCCACCGGAAGCCCACCCCUCCCCAUGCAGUCCUCUGCAGGCUUCAUGAACUCCAUGCACUCAAUGGCAGGCAGCUAUGACGCCCCCUCUCCGCCAUCUUUCAAUAAGCCCCAUCAAAACGCAUAUGCCAUGUCUUCAGCCUACCAAAACCCCAUGAAAAGCUGCCCCUCGCAACAAAAAUAUGGCAACACAGCGCCAGAGUACGACCCGCACGGGCUACAGGGUAACAGCAGCUACGGAACUCCCAACAUGCAGGGCAGUCCUGUGUACGUUGGAGGGAACUACGUAGAUGGGAUGCCCACCACCGGGCCAUCCAUGUACGGUCUCAAUCACCUGCCACACCACCAGUCGGGCAACAUGGACUACAACGGUGCUACGCAGAUGUCAGCGAACCAGCAUCAUGGACCGUGUGACCCCCAUCCAACAUACACGGAUCUGUCAGCUCACCAUCCUUCUCAGGGUAGAAUCCAGGAAGCACCCAAGUUAACGCAUCUGUAGCAGGUUUGGAAUAAGUGAAUAGAAUUAAAAAAAAACACUAACCCAUGGGACGAUGCAAUGGGGUUGAAAAAGAUGAUCCAGUGGUUUCUUGCGUGUUCAUAGACCGUUGUAUUGAUGUUGUCUCUCCAUCAAGUGUAAGACCAUUUGUCAUAAUAGUUUACAUUAGUGUUUAUUUCACACAGAUCUCCCUUUUCUACGGCGUGCCCAGUGAGGAAUUGAUGACUAUAAUUAUUAGGUGAUAUAAUGGAUGUGUUGUACGGAAAAUUAACUACCGUGUGACCUCUUGUGACUCCCGUUGCAUCACCGUAACUAUUUGUGUACCUCGUCAGCAUUAAAACCAAUGCUGACGUCAUGGCUGUCCAGCAUAGUCUAUGGAUAACUCCCCCAGUAUGCGGAGCUAAGAACGCAGUAUGCUACAUGGAAUUGGUGCAAGUAAACCACUGGAUUGUUUUGGUUCUCUUCCCUUUAUUUCACAUUACCUCUCUUUUCAAACGUCUCACUAACAUGUUAUUUUUUGAAUCGGUUCUGGUCAAAUAACAAAAUCACCAAGCGACUGUUUGCUGCUCGCUUAGGAAAACAAAGUAGUGUACCUCCCUUUUGUACUGGGUUAUAGGGUUACUUAUUAUGCUGUCCUAUAAAAGUUGUGCUACCAACUUCCAUGGGCAAUGCACCGAAAAGAUAUUGUUAUUUGUUGUGUCAUCGGAACAGGGUAAAAAAAAAAAGAGUUGAGAAAUGAUGUAGUACACAGGCAUACCCCCCCCCCCCCACCCCUCUUCCUCUCAACUCGGUGUAACCCCUCCCUCCCCCAACCACCCCCUCCAAUCUUUAGGGUUCACUUACAUUAGCCACCACUAAUGCGAAAAGCCCACAUUUUCUCAUGUCUUGACUUAACGUGGAAACAGGGUAUAUUUGAACAAAAUGCAUGUCCGGGAAAGCAGAGAGCGGUAGACGGCUCAGUUUACGCUAAUGCUCUCUUGGCUGGGCAUCAUUGUUGCACUUAGAGUUUACAUUUUGAUGGGUAAGGAAAAAUAAAUCUUAUUUUGAAAUGGAAGACCUCCAAUCAGCGUCUUUCGGUAUGUGUGUUCAAGUGAACAUUCAUAAAUAUAUAUUUAUUUGUUAUAGCCAGUUUAAAUACAUUCUUUUUCUAUUAUUUAUCCCCCCAUGUAUUUAUAUCAAGAAAAAAAUGUACUUUUUUAGUAUUUACCUGUUAUAAAGACGUUGUGUUCUUGUCAUUGUAACAAAUUAAUUUUUAGUUGUUGUAUUUUAGAGACAAGUAGUUUAUGUUACCCUUGUACAUAAAUUAUGUCUUGACUUGUACAGGGGGCGAGGAAGCGGAAUCAAACCGUUCCUGCAUAGUCGAGAAUUAGACGAAGUAUAGAACACUUUUUUGAGAACUUCUUUUGUCCUUUGUAGCUACUUUUCUUUUUCUUGGUAAGAGUUGUCUGUUGAGCAAUUCUUUAAUAAAAUGUUAUGUUAUUCA